CACAGCAGUAGUGAACGUGAGCGGCAGCGGCCUGCUACUGCCCGCAGAAGACUAUAUAAGUCACCUAAGGGACGCCGCCCGAGCUCACUCCCUCAGUAGAGUUUGUCGGGGAGACACCAUGGCGGCGAGGCUCCUGGUUGUCUUCCUGGUAACAGCCACCGCGGCCUCCGAGCACAGUUCCCACGUGGUGGUGAGUGUGGGCACUGAGGCGUACGGCGCCGCGCCCUACAGCUACUACCCACAGUCAGUCUACUACCCCCAGCACUCCUAUGCACACCAGCCCGUCUACCCGCACCACCCGCAGCCCGCCUACGCCCACCACGAGCCCGCCGUGCCCGCCUGCGCCGCCAACACCACCAAGCCGUGGUGCCUCGAGGACUCCGAGUACCCGCUGUACGAGAUUCAACACGCCCUCCAGUACAACGCACACCACGUCCUCGACCUGUACGCCGACGUAGCUGACCUAAACACUGCGCUGUCCGUGGAGCGGCCCAAGACCCUGGACGAGGAGACCUACCUCUGCCCCUCCGCCACCGCCUACGUCAGGCCGCUGCGCGCCAUCAAUACCGAGGGCAAGUGGCGCGUCAUCGUGAACAACGUUGAGGUUCAUUACCAGACCCUGACGCAGACUGCCCGUGUGGAGGAGUGUCUCACCGCCGGCGACGCCUGCCCCCUCGUGCCGGAGUGUUAUGGGUCAACAUGCCUGCAGAAGUCCAUCUACCACCGUUUUCUCGUCUACGACCCUUACGAUUACUACCUCCCCUUCAGCAUUGAGACCUUCGCCCUGCCCUCUAGCUGCGCCUGCCUCCUCUCCGCCUACACUCUCGACCACUAGGCCUAACAUGGCGCCUUUAUACUAAUGCACCCUGUAGAAAUACAUACUGAUUACAUUUA